GCGCCCGGCCCUGAGGCGCUUGCGCACUCGGAGGAAGCCCCUCGCUCGGGACCGAGGACCGGGAGGAGGCGCCUGCGCAGGGCGUGUGCCCAGAAGGAGGGAGCGCGUCUGUCUGUCUGCCUAGCCGAGCCAGCGCCCCGGUCUCAGCUGUCGAUCAUGUCUAAGUCUUUGAAGAAAAUUGUGGAGGAGAGUAGGGAGAAGAACAUCUUGGAGGUGGACAUGUGUGAGCGAAACAUCUCUAACAUGGUGGACGUACCUGGCUUGUUCACUCUGUCUCACAUCACGCAGCUGGUUCUCAGCCACAACAAACUCACAACUGUGCCUCCGAACAUUGCAGACCUAAGGAAUUUAGAAGUACUUAACUUCUUCAACAAUCAGAUUGAGGAACUGCCGACCCAAAUCAGCAGCCUUCAGAAACUGAAACACUUGAAUCUCGGCAUGAACAGGCUCAACUCCUUGCCACGAGGAUUUGGCUCCUUACCAGCUCUGGAGGUUCUUGACCUGACUUACAAUAACUUAAAUGAAAAUUCCCUGCCUGGAAACUUCUUCUAUCUAACCACCUUGCGUGCACUCUAUCUAAGUGACAACGAUUUUGAAAUCCUGCCACCAGAUACUGGGAAGCUCACAAAGUUGCAGAUACUUAGCCUUCGGGAUAAUGACUUGAUAUCACUGCCUAAAGAAAUUGGCGAACUCACUCAGCUUAAAGAACUUCACAUCCAGGGGAACCGACUGACAGUGCUGCCUCCAGAACUAGGUAACUUGGAUUUGACUGGUCAAAAACAAGUCUUCAAAGCAGAGAACAAUCCCUGGGUCACCCCUAUUGCGGAUCAGUUCCAGCUUGGCAUUUCUCAUGUUUUUGAAUAUAUUCGUUCAGAAACAUACAAAUACCUUUAUGGCAGGCACAUGCAGGCCGACCCUGACCCUCCAAAGAAGAACAAUGACAAAUCCAAGAAGAUCAGCCGUAAGCCUCUGGCUGCCAAGAACAAAUAAGGACCCAACUUGUCCCAUUCUUCCAUAUUGUUUUGCAUGAGUCUCUCAUAUAUAUAUAUAUAUUUACCAAGUGAAAUGGUUAUUUUAUAAAAUAAAAGCAAAAAUGCCCUUUUCUAUAUACAUCCAUCCACAAAGUAUGAACCGCCUUGAUUAAUGAGUCCAUUAUUAUAAGACAGGAUAUAAAUGCAGUUAAUACUAAAAUUUAAUAAUUAUUAGCAGUUACUGCUUAAAUUCUGUAGCCAUUUUUAAACUAUGGUAAGCCACUUUAUCUGCUCUAGAAACACAGCUGAAAUGUCUUUGGCUUAAUUCACACAGCCAGCUAUGCUUUACUGCCGCACCAGCCCAUGUGUCAUUCAUAUUUUAUGUAAUACACUGUUUGUUAAUAAAAACCCCUUUUUGUACCAUA